AACUCUAUUACUGUUUGUCAGAAGUUGAGGAAGUAUAACUGGCAGGGCCCCCGGAUCUGCCCACGCCAUGCAAUGUCAGCUCUAGAAUGGCGCACUUCGAACAUAUCGACGACGAUAUUUUGUUCCUGAUUUUCCAAAAUUUGAGAUCUGAGCGCCUGUCUUCUUUGUAUUGCUUUCGUCUUGUUUCACAACGAUUGAAGCAGUUCGCGGAGUCAUGUCUGUACAACACCAUAGUUCUUGAGGAUACGCCGCUACGCGAGAAUAGUUCAUAUCGUCUGAUCGAGCGACUCGUAGACUCUAGCGACACGUUGUCCAGAAACGUCCGCGAUCUGCAGAUCAAAUCGUUCAAAGGUGAUGACGGCAGCUAUUGUUUGAACUCGAAACUUCUGAUAGCAGCCCUACACAGUCUGCAUAAGCUUGACUCCUUCAGCUGGGAUUGCAAUAUACCCCUACCCGAUGAGCUUCUCAGUACUUUGUCUCAACUGUAUCCAAGAGCACGGCUAUGUGCCACCGCCAGAUCACUUGACGAAGCUCUCCUGUCUUCGUCUCAACUCCACACGCUCUCAAUAUCGGUGCCAUGUGCAGAUGCUUUCCAUCCUGAAACAGAAGCUCGACUUGGGGAACUAAGACAUGUACUUCUCAGGAGUCGCAACCUCAGGGUACUGAUUCUGAACAUCCAUCGAGACCACAGUCUGUGGAAGCUACAGGAAGAGGCUUUGACUCAAAGUCUUACUCAAACCGCAACAGGAUUGGAUAACAAAAACUUGGAUAUCCACAAAAUACAAAUUCCCCUCGAACCUGGAGAUAGGCUUCCCGCUCUCGAGUAUCUAGCCAUUGAUGCGAGGACAUACAGCUUUGACAAAGAACAUUGUCUUCGAUUAAUCCAAUGCAUGGACGCGAGAAGGCUGAAGCGCCUUCGCAUUGCUUCCUCAAGUACCGAGCAUUUCUUCGAAGCCUUCACACACAAGACACCGCAACUGGAAAUCCUCGAAUUUGACACUCAUUGGACUUGGCAAUCUUCUCUAAACCGCUAUAUUGCCACUUCCGUCGCAUGUUCACGAUUCAUCACCUCGAUCGUUAAGCUGAAAGAGGUUGUUGUCUACUGUAAUGCCACGGAUUCGCGCGAACCAUUCUGGACAGCGUUGGCCGAAACUCACGGCUCCCAUCUCCAACGUUUGUCUAUCCAGACCCGUAACGAAGGCCUCGAACUUCCCUAUUCCGAUCACAAAAGGCAAGCACCACUCAGCUGUUUCCCCAGCCUGACAAGUUUGGAAAUGGUCAUGCAUCCCUGGUGGGAUAAUUCUAGCUGUUCUGAUUGUUUGGAAGGCCGAAGACACUGGCUAAACACGUGCUACAUCGGAGAAGUGCCGGUUCUGCCCCUACUAACAACGAUACAAAUCUCCUUCAAAUUCUCCUUCAAAUUCUCCUUCUACGAGACCCCGUCUUUCCACUCCCACGUCGUCCGCCAUGCUCACUGCGCCAUCCGCAGGUUGUGGUCCAUGUACACAAACGACAAGGCCGGUCACCAUCUCGAUCACAAGCUCGAACGCGUGAGUAUGCGCUUCUGGCGCUGGGAGCCGCCUCCACCGCACCCGGACGAAAACGGCGUCCAGCAUACCACCCGCGUCCAUGAGAUCAUAUUUGACAGCAAGAUGAUAGAUGAGCAGCUGCUGAUCUGGGUUCGUAAUCGCAAGGACCUUCCGAUGCGGAGGUGCAGCACUGCUCGGCACUGAGGUUGGGUGUGAUGUGAUGGGGUGAGGAUAACAUGGAGGUAUGUUGUGGAUGAAAUUGAUAAAUGGCAUCCAGGAUAUUAGGAGGGGUGACAGUGGAGUUUGGGGUUGUAUACGUACUAGCUAAUUACGCGUGUGCACAGUUUGCUCUAUAUGGUCUUUGUGGUGUUCUUCUUCCUUGGCUUUCUACGCAACGCUUGACACAGACUCCUCUGAUGUAAAAAGUAUAGCAUAUCGCCUCUGAUCUUGCAACUGUGCACGGCAGUGUCUUCGAUAAAUACAACGCCCACGUAUAGGACAUAUACAUAACCGCAAACUCGUCGAGCGGUGCAUACACCCAACUUCAAGCCCGGCCCCACGAACAAGACAUAGUCACAAGAAG